CAUGUCAAUGAGGCUUAGCCUGGCAGAGAGGCCUGAAAACAUCCCCAAAUGGGCCUGGCAGAAAAGGCUGAGGGGAAGCGAAGUAUCAAACCCCAGGAUGUCCUGGUCACCCGAGCACCUGUCUUAAGUGUGUCCCCAAUCAAAGACCGACCAAACAUCCAGCAAUGCAGUUGAUAUUUGUCUGAGCUAUGGGAGAUGGGGUUGGGACCAUGAGGGGAAGGAGUGGCUGAGAGGUGCAGAAGGUGGGAACAGGAACCCAGGAGCAGAGGGAGCACGCCCCUCACCUUUGCUCCUGUCUCUCCCCGCUCCAGAGAACCCCACCUACCAGAGCCAUGGAGGAAGGCCCACUACUGCCCGCGCCCCCCGUUUCCACCCCGGCCCCCGCCAUGCCUGCCGCCGGCACCCCGCGGGUCCCAUUUCACUGCAGUGAGUGUGGCAAGAGCUUCCGCUACCGCUCGGACCUGCGGCGCCACUUUGCCAGGCACACGGCGCUCAAGCCCCACGCGUGUCCGCGCUGUGGAAAGGGCUUCAAGCACAGCUUCAACCUGGCCAACCACCUGCGCUCCCACACCGGGGAGAGGCCCUACCGCUGCUCCGCCUGCCCUAAGGGCUUCCGGGACUCCACGGGCCUGCUGCACCACCAGGUCGUCCACACUGGCGAGAAGCCCUACUGCUGCCUGGUCUGCGAGCUCCGCUUCUCCUCGCGUUCCAGCCUGGGCCGCCACCUGAAGCGCCAGCACCGCGGGGUCCUCCCGUCGCCGCUGCAACCCGGCCCGGGCCUGCCCACCUUGAGCAUGCCCUGCUCGGUAUGCUGCAACGUGGGGCCCUGCUCGGUGUGCGGGGGCGCCGGUGCUGGGGGUGGAGGCGGCCGGGGAGGCCCCGAGGGCCCGGAGGGUAGCUCUGGCUGGGGCCUGACCCCCACCUCGCUGCCCCCGUUCGCCUGCGGGGCGUGCGCUAGGCGCUUCGACCAGGGCCGCGAGCUGGCCGCGCACUGGGCUGCGCACACUGACGUGAAGCCCUUCAAGUGUCCGCGCUGCGAGCGCGACUUCAACGCCCCGGCGCUGCUGGAGAGGCACAAGCUGACCCACGAGUUGCAGGCCGUGGGUGCCGCGCCCCCCGCACACAAUUGGGCAUCUCCAGGGUCCCACGAGGAGGAGGCGCCCGCGGACCCCGAGGCCUCCGGGGAUGAACGGCCACCAGCCUGGGACGAAGCCGGGCUGCUCCUGGGCCACUCUGGGCUCGGGGCACCCAAGCUGAGCCCGCUCGGCGAGGGGGGCCCGGCUGCGGCGUCGGAGGACACCCUGUACCAGUGCGACUGCGGGACCUUCUUCGCCUCGGCCGGCGCUCUCGCCGGACACCUGGAGGCCCACUCGGGCCCGGCCGCCUAUGGCUGCGGCCACUGCGGGGCCCUCUACGCCGCCCUGGCCGCCCUGGAGGAGCACCAGCGCGCCAGCCACGGCCAAGGCGAGGACCAGGACCAGGGCCAGGGCAGCGGUGGAGGUGCAGGAGGCCCACCCGAUGGCGAGGCCCUGCAGGGCGACACGGUGCCCGGUGCCGGAGAGGCCAGGCCGGUGCCCGCGUCGGGCCGGGGCAAGAAGAUCUUUGGCUGCUCCGAGUGCGAGAAGCUGUUCCGCUCGCCCCGCGACCUGGAGCGCCACGUCCUGGUGCACACGGGCGAGAAGCCCUUCCCCUGCCUCGAGUGCGGCAAGUUCUUCCGCCACGAGUGCUACCUCAAGCGCCACCGGCUGCUGCACGGCAGCGAGCGGCCCUUCCCCUGCCACAUCUGCGGCAAGGGCUUCAUCACGCUCAGCAACCUCUCCCGGCACCUGAAGCUGCACCGCGGCAUGGACUGAGGUGGCCCCGGGGGUGCGCACCCCGACUUUCUUCCUCCAGGCCCCUCUGGCCCAAGAUAUGGGGGUUCUCCGGAAUCCAGGCCCCUGAGUGGAUAAGCAGAACUGGCUUCCUUACGGGGAGUAGAAGAAGCUGUGGUGGAUCAGUGGAAGGACUUCGGAGAUGGAAGCACCCCAAAAUCAGUGCCCCUCGACACCAGGGAGGCCUGGAAAGGAGAAAUGAGCUAAGUCUUUCUCUUUGAGGGGUACAGGUCCCCCCAGCAAGGGAAGACCGGGAUUCUCUCCAAAAGCCAUUGAUUCCCAACCUGGAGAAUCUCUUAGAGGAGAUCUCAUCCCCUAAUUUCCCCGCAAAUGCUACCCCUUAGAGUCACUGGUGCGCCCUCAAAAUGGAUAGAGCCGGGAUCUGCCUUCUCUUCCCCUUCCCACCUUUCCACUCCCUAGUAUGAAGGAGGACCAGGGUGGAUCGCCCUGCCCUUUGCCCCCUUGUAGUGAGGUUGGGAUUGAACCCCCCCCCAGAACGGUCCUCACCCCAACAUUAGAAUAGGCUGGUUUGAGAAUCCCUUGUAGGACAGCCCAAUCGGAUGCAUUCUCACCCCUUCCUGCUGGAGUGGACCUGUCAGGCUGGGGAGCCCUGACACCCAGCUCCAUCCUGUGAAUCCCCCUCUACCCCCAGGCAGGAACACCCUCCUGCCCUGCUGUAGGCCCCACCAAUCUGUCUCUUUGUCUCUGUUUUUCCCAAGCCCCAGGGGAAAGAGCUUUGGGGGGUCACCCUCCAAUGAACUUUAACCCUGACCCUUCACCCUGUUCCCUGAUGUCCCCUAAUAAACCUAGUCUUGUCCCUGUUG